AUGGAGGACACAGUUGACAGACUGGACGAUGCUUUCCGCGCACCUUCCCCUCUGCUGUCUCGCUGUGUCUCUUGCGAGUCACCACCUCCAUCAGGAGAAGUUGACUGCCCGCUACUGGAUGCAACAUUAGACGAAGCCAUUGAGAGCUUACGCAAUGGCGAGAUUGCCUCGCUACAUGAAGCAGCAGUGCGCUACGCAGUCUCGGAUUCACUUUUAUAUACCCGGUACUAUCGGAAAGAACCGAGCCAGUGGCCCGCACCUUUCGGGAUCCUUGUAAACUUAGUGAGGCAGAUGGACCUAGAGUUUGUCAGUAUAUUGUUCAAUGGCUUCAAUCAGGGUUCCCGACUUCGCCGCACCUUGUCCGCGAAGCUGGAAAUGCUCUACACAAACGAAAAUGCGAUUCGUUAUAUCUGA